AUGGCGGCGCCCGGGAGAGCAGCCAUUCCCGUCCACACCCUUCUCUUCAUCCUCCUCCUCCUACUCCCGCCGCCGCUCCGGGCAGCGGAGCCGAGCGAGGAGCCCGCAGACACUCGCGGUGCCGCCCAGGCGCGGGCCCACUGCGUGCCGGCCCCGAUCACGGACGUUGCCAGGCUGUGUGUGUGUGACCUGCUGGUGGCACAGUGUGAUGUCAACUGCUGCUGUGACCCCGAUUGCAGCCCCGAGGAGUUCAGCCUCUUCACUGCCUGUUCAGUCCCUGUGGUCACAGGUGACAGGCACCUGUGCAGGCAGAAAGCUGCUGUAUAUUCUCUUGAUGUUGGAGCAGACCCACCAGAAAGGAUAUUUCAAUUAAUUGACCAAGUCAACCCCAGUAUUUUCUGCAUUCAUGCUACAAACUAUAAACAAGCACUUUACCUCAAGUCCCCUGAAAUGCCAACUCCAGAAAAUUUUGAUGAUUUGCUUAAUGAGUUUGGGAGUGCUGCUUUCAGUGCUGAGCCUGAGAGCUGGAAUACGGACACAGAUGCUCCAGACCCUCCUGAUGCAAAUGAAACUCAGAGAUAUGAGUAUGGGGUUCCUGUACAGACAGAGGAUGCAUUUCUGAGACUGCCAAGUCCUGUUGUCUCCUCCUGGUGCUCUGAUGCCAAUCCUGCAGGGUUUUUAGUAAACCAGGCCACAAAAUGCAUCAGAUCAGUAAGUGUGGAAAAAUGUGAAAGCAUUCAAGCACUUAAUAUGCUGUUCUACAUCAACUCCAGCAUUUUGGCAGUGCCCAAAUCAAGUCAGAUGGUUAAUAUUUCUGUCCAGUCCAUAGUUGUCCAGUCCCUGGAUGGAAUGAGGACUUUACUGAAGGGUGCUGAUGUCCUGAGGCUCCCCAUGAUUUUGGAUGAACUGUGCUUAAAUAUAGUCCUUGGGGUGAGUUAUCACAUUACCUACACGGACACAGGAGAAAUAAUAGAAGCAGCUGCUGCUUUUGUCUUGGGGGCAAUUACCAAAGAAGCACUUUCAAUCCAGCAGAGCUUCCAAAUCAGCUUCACUCAGGUAGACACAAAGCCAGUUCCUCUCAGUGGCAAUCCUGGUUAUGUUGUCGGGCUGCCUGUGAGAGCAGGAUUCUGGCCUCAAGGAUCUGGCAUCACUCAGAGCACCAACAAACCCAGCCAGCUCUCCAUCCUGCAGAGCACAUCCACCCAGGACUGCCUGGCAGCACAGGGAGCCAGAGCCCCCGUGUUAUUUGGUUAUAACAUGAUCUCAGGCUGUAAGUUACGAAUUACAGCAGCUAUGAAAUGCCAGCCUUUGGCACAGACCCUCCUGGAUGUACUGAAGGGCCAAAACUUUCCUGAGUAUGUGGCCUCAUUUGGGAAUUCCCAAGCCCAGGAUGUGCUUGACUGGGUGCCCAUAACUCACCUCCACAUCUCAGAACAGAGCUCGUGCCAAAUUCCCGUGUCCUUUGGAAUAGAAGUGAAGUGGACUAAAUAUGGAUCCCUGGUCAAUCCCCAAGCCAGGAUAGUGAAUGUUACAGCAACACUCACCACCAUCACACUGAAGCAGCUUCCCUCAGGAAGGGAAAGGACUAUUCCUGUAACAAGUUCUGUUGUUUUCACUGACAUUUCCUCACCUGCAGAGCCAGGCUAUAAAGCUUGGCCCACCAUUAACAUCAAGUUACCCUUUGAUUUUUUCUACCCAUUUGUCUAAGAAAGAUCCAGGGUGAGACAAGGACAUUUCCUGCAGCAUCCCUGGAGGGGAUGGAGGAGUAGCAGCAGAACAGAGCAUUAAAUCCUACUCUGCUGUAGAAGCAGAUGCAGGAAGACAGGGGCUCCCCUGUUAAAACAUUGCCAGAAGGAUCCUAUAGUGGAAACUUAGGAUGUGAGCCAUCCUUCUCCAGGAUGGACAGCCAGAGUGUGUGGCAGGCAGUGGUGCUGGGAAACUGGUCCAGGAGGUGUGAAGAGGAAUAGAUUAUGAAGUUUUUUAGGGGGAAUGUCUAUCCCUGCUCCAAAGAAAUUGCAGCCUGACUCUGGCCACACUCCAGCAAGGAAAACCACAGGGGUGGAACUCCGAGUUCACCGGGAGAGCAGGACCACGGGUCUCACAGAUGGGUGUGAGGAGAGAACAAAGACACGAGCCCAGGUAAUUCAGGGGAGGUGACAAAUCCAGCCCCUGGCCCAGGACACCCCCUCACCCACCGUUGAUGAUCCGGGCCACCCUCCAGAGCCGCAGCAGGAUCAGGAGCCCCACGGCCUCGAACUCGUGCUCCCGGAAGAUGAGGACGACGUCGAGCACGAAGGACACGACCACGACCACCCCGUCCAGCACCUCGAACUUGUGGUGGAAGAACUCGCGGCGAUACACGAACACCUUGAACCCCACCUCGACCAGGAAGAUGGUUAAAAUGGACAGGGAGAGGUAGUGGAAAACCUGGGAAAAGGCAGCACAAGCUGAAGGUAGGAAGCGGGAAACCCCCCUGUGUGCACACGAGCAGGGCAGGAUGGAAAACCUCCGCUGCUCGAGGGCACGUCUGGUUGGGCUCUACAGGGAGAAGGGCUGGGGACUUCUGCUCUAAAGGACAGAGUAUGUGGCAGCCUGUGGUGCUGGGGAACUGGUCCAGGAGCUGUGAAGAGGAGCAGGAGGAGGGUGGUGGGAGUGAUCCAGCUCUGCUGCAGCCCAAGGAAACCCGAAGCUGCUGCAGGGACUGGCAUGAGCUGAGCCAGGUCAGCCCCACACACCCCUGUGAGCCCCUCCUUUGUGUGCUGGGACCAUCAGGUCGGCAGGGCUGGAGCUCCAGGUCCUGCCUUGCCCAGCCAGCCUAUCCAGGGGAGGCUCUGAGCCGCCAAAGGGAGGGAAAUCACUGUUCAUGGUGACAUUUCCCCACACUUUACCUUUGGGGUUAUGUUAUAUUUGUCCGGAUGGAUGAUUUUCAAGUCCAUGAGCAAUUCCCCAAGAACCAACAAGGCAUCCAGGAUCACCAGCCAGACAACCCCAAUCUGUCAGAGGAGAAGAACCAACAUGAAUCCCCUCCCAGCACAGACCACAAGAGGAGCCAUUGUGGCCCUUACAGCUGAACACACCCCAACACCCACAGCCCUGAUUCAGCUGGUUGUGUUUCAUGGAGCUUUCCAUUGCUCCCACUCCCCCUGGAUGGUGGGUUAUUCCUGCAAAGUCCCACUCCCAUGAAACCACCUGGCUCCCCAUAAACCCAACCACCUCCCAGCCCUUGAUGUGUGGAGCUCGAGACGGGGAGCACGUGCUGGUGCCGCAGUGACCCGGAGGCACCGGGGCCUGUCCCUGCUCAGGAAACACCUGCACCCACGGGAGCAGCUCAGCUCAGCUCCCACAGCACAGCUCAGCCAGGGGCUCACGAGCUCAGCCUCGCUUCCUGAGCUCCAUCCCACACCUGCCCUUGGCCUGGGCUUGUUCUGCCUCACCUGAAACUUGUGGGAGCUGAAGAGCUUUUUCAUCAUGUCCUGGAAGGAGAUGUGUCUCCUGGCGGGCUCCACCUUGAUCUCCGAGUCCUGCUGCUUGUCCCCAUUGUCCUCCUCCUCCUCCCAUUUCUGGUAGUCGUUGCUCCACUGCACGGGGUCAUCGCCCACCACCGUGAAGUGCUUCAGGUACCUGGACAUGGCUCUGGGUCAAGCUGGCAUCACCCUGCCAACUGAGGGACAAGAGCAGAGCGUCACCUCCCCACUCAGGGUGGACCAAAGAUGCCAAAUCUCCCGGUUUCACCCCAGGGAGGGGACAGGACCGUGACCGGCCCAGCUGACGGGAAGUUGCUAAACGCUGGGACCGCAGGUUUUGCAUCACCUCCCCCUCCCCCGGCACCACGAGGAGCCCCCGCCGCCCUCCCCAGCCCUGUUUGUGCCCCAUCUGCUGCUCCACAACGAGGAACUUCCUCACGAGUUUUUUCCAAACUUCUCCAAGCAAAGCAUCGAUUACAGGAGCAAAAAAGCACCAGCCCUUAUCUGGCACCUUGUGAUGCAGGUGGAGGCAGCUGCCCUUGUGUUUCUGUUGGACACUGAUCCACAGAGGCUGUUGGUCAGAAGCCAAGGGGAAAAACAGCCAUGGUUUCCCUUCAUUACCAUCAGGGACCCCUGUUACUUCAGCCUUUGCAGGUAAAUCAAACAGGUGAUCCCCACGUUUCAGCCUGGCUGGUGGGUGACACUGACCUCCCCAUCUCCUCUCCCUGCAUCCUCCAGAGCCGACCUCAUCCUUGGGCAUCCCAGUUUCAGCCCAUCCCUGUGGACACCCUGUGAGGGGCAAGACCACCCAAGUCCUAAUCAUUAAGGCCACACUCCAGCAAUGAAAACCACACGGAUGAAACACCGAGUUCGCUGGGAGUGCAAGACCCGGGGGUCUCACAGAUGGGCUGAAGGGCUGCAGGAGAGGCUCCUGCGUUCCCAUCGCAGCCCCCCCAGCUCUCCUUCCUCUUUGGGCAGCCCGGCGAGACUGUGUGGCCCACAAACCCUCCGAGAUGCGCUCCCGCCGCCAGCACGACCCCCAUCCCCACUCCGCUCCCGUCCUUUCCCGGAGCCGCCCGGGGGGCUCAGCACAACCUCCCCCGGCCCAGCCCGUGCUCGCCCUGCCCUCGGCUCCCGUUGGGCUCCGCUCCCAGCGGCGGUGGUGCCGGAGGGCGGGUGGGCUGCGGCCACUCCGUCACCUGCCGGGAGGACGGAGAUGGUCCCUCGGUGCCGCCACAGGGGCAGCACCUUCGUUCUCCGUCCCCGGGCACCGAGCGGAGCCCCGCGGGGAGCGGCCCUGGGCAUCGCCCCCCGGCCCCAGCAUCGCCCCCCAGCCCCGUGCGGGGCGGCCCCGGGGCCUGGAGCCGCCGCCGGCGGCGGGUGGAGCGUCCCGGACCCCGGGGCUCCCCGACCUCCCCCAUCCCCAGCCUGGCGGAGCGGGACGGAGCCCUGGGGCGGGGCGGGACCCCGGGGGAAGGACGUGGCGGCCCCCGCUGCAACCCCCCACCCCCGGCCGGCACCCACCGCGCCGAGCCCCAGGGACGCCCCGGCCGCCCCCCGCUACCCCCGGCCCCGUUCCCCUCGGUCCCCGGUACCGUCCGUGCUCGUCCCGGCUCUGCCUGAGCCGCCGCCGCCGCGGGGCCUCCGCGAACCGGCCCCGCCUCCCCCGGACAGGGGCGGCCCCGACCCCGCCGCCUCCUCCCACCGCGCCCGGAGGGGCUCCAGCGAGUCCCCCCCAUCCAUCCCCGGGUCCCCCAUCCAUCCCUAGGGUCCCCCCCAUCCAUCCCCGGCGGUCCCGUCCGACAUUUCCCCUUUCCGCAGCUUUUUUCCCCCGCUCAGGAGCUGCCGGAACAGGAGACGCCGCCGGAUGGAGUUUAAACUUUUUUUUUUUCCACUGUUUUUAAACUUCUUUUUUUUUUUUCCUGCCCGACACAGCGAGCAAAGCUCCAGGACGGUGGGAAGUUAAAUCCUGAGUCUCUGCCGAGCUCAGAGCGCGGCUGCUGAGCAGGGACACAGAUCAGUCUCACAAAGUUGGUGGAGGUCCAGGGAUUAUAUGAAUAUAAAACCCAGGAAUCAGGCCUGGUUUAAUCUGCCUCCAUUUAUAGGCUCCUGUUUGGUCAGAGGCCUCUUCAUGUUUAGGGUUCCACUCUGGCUUCCAAAAACAAGCUGUUUUGGAAAUGUCCUGAAAAAACCAUCAGCUGUGAAAAGCACCAGGAACCCACCUCUGAGGCAUCUCUGCUACAACAAAUCAUAAAUAUUUCUGAUUUUCUCCAAGUAAUAAACAUCUCUCCAGUUUUGCACUUUUAAGAACCCCAAGACCCUUUUGGGAAGGGUUUCCUCCCAGAGAAACCCUAAAACUUUUCCUGGAACCUAAGUAUUUUCUAGCACCUCAUCCCCGAGUGCACAGGCCCAUCCCCAUCCUUCUCCCUGGGGAAUAAACACAGGUAACACCCUCCUGGAACUCCAAAUGCCCCAUCCCUCACCCUCCCCCCAAAACACCCACUUACAGAGCUGAGCAGAGGAGUGGGACAGCAAAGGCACAGCCCUGGAGCCGCAGCAGGGAGGUUUGUCCUGGGGGUUUCCAGCUAAUUUGGGCAUUUUGGUCUCAGCUGAGUCCAAUAAACACCAACACAAUCAGCCAAUGGUGGAAGAUCUGCACCUGAGGCUCUGCAGAUCUGAUCCCCUUCUGGGUAAGGACUGUGGAUUUUAAGGAGAAAACCCCACCAGCUUCUGCUUCCCUAUGAGGGACAUGUGCCCAACCUCCCCACCCCAUGUCCCCGGAGACCAGAACAGGUCUGAACACUGCAAGGAAAAUGGAUGUUUGGUUGUUGAAGUGCUCCAGCCUGACUUGACUCCAAGCUGAAAGCCACAACAGCCCUGACACAUCCCAAAGCAAACCAGGAACAGGCAAUGGUGACCUGUGUGGAAAAACAGCCUUUCCACAGCUGGAUGGCAAUGGGGACACUCUUUAUUUUGAAGAAAUUAGAGGAACACGUCACUGAGUGAUACCCAAAGCAAGGGAGUGCCUCAGAUCUUACCACUCUUUCCAGAGCACAAGACAGGGACUGAGGAGAACUUGGGUUUGUCACAAUCUCCAGCUACCUGUAUUGUUAUGGAAAAAAAAUCAGGAAUCAGCAUCUACUCCUCCUUCUGUCCCUCCACUGAUUAAACAACCCAACCCCAACAAACGGGCAUAAAACAUGUCCCUGAGCUGUCGAUCACAACCUGCAGUGGGAUCAGCAGCUCCUUCCCUUCCCAGCCCUGCAGUGGGACAGGACCCGUCCACCUCCACCUGCACCCUGGGAAGCUCGAGGUGCAUGACCCACCCCCAGGGAAUGCAGCUGGGCAGAGAACACAGCCCAGAAUUGGCACCUGUGUCACCGAAACUGCCUUUGAGGAGAGAAAACAAGUCACGGAGGACAAAGGUGUGACACAGCCCGUGCAGCAGGGCUGGGGAGUGAGGGGUGACCAGGCACAGCCCAACUCACUACAGCAGUAACAGACCACAGGACAUUGUACAAGGAGGGAGAAAAAUUACAGAGCCCCAAAGGAAACCACAAGUGUGAUUUAAAAGGUGAAAGUCUGUGAGAAACUCUUAACAGGUGAUCUGUGACACGUGAUAAAAGGAGCUCAUCGUGGUUAGCAAGAGGUUUUUGAUUAAUUAGCUGCUGUAGAGGGAGGGGGAAAAGGUCUUCAGAGCAGGAAAACAGCUCUUUGAUUCAGAGAAAUACAUUAAAAAAUAAAAUCGUUGGCUGGGUCUGGCCAGAAAACUUA